AUGCUGCAACCACCUACAGAUGCCUUUGCGAAUCUAGGAAUUAGUGCGCCUGCUCCUCCAGCCUGUUCUUCCGGCUCUAGUGUUGCGUCGUCUACAACACUGGGGUUGGUAGGGGAUAUCCCUACUGCUAUUACUACUGCUACUGCUGGUGAUCGGUUGGUUAUCGGUGUGGAUUUCGGAACUACUUAUAGCGGCGUCGCAGCUGUCUACAGCGGUACUCCAGAUGAUAUUGAAGUAAUCAAGACCUGGCCCGGCGGGAAUGGCAUCACCUCCGACAAAGUCCCCACUGAGAUAUCCUACACUCUCUCUGCAGGCAAUGCUUCCAGCUACCGCUGGGGCUUCCAACCUACUCCUACAUCACCACGGCUGCGCUGCCUCAAACUCUUCCUGGACCGAAAGCAAAAGAUCCCCAACUAUGUGUCUCCUCUCGAAACCGCAACUUUGCUCCGUGGCGUCAAUAAGUCGGUUCUGGACGCCAUCAGCGACUACCUCGGCGCACUCCAUGCCCAUACCAUCACAACCUUAACUCGGCGCUACGGAACCAGCUUUAUGGCAAUAACACCAAUUACCUGGGUUCUCACAGUCCCCGCUGUCUGGAGCGAUGCGGCGAAGACUGCCACGCGCCAUGCAGCUGAGCGUGCAGGAAUGAAGUCUCCACGGCUCAUUAGCGAGCCAGAGGCCGCAGCGGUGUAUACACUAAAAGCUAUACAACCUAACGCUCUAAGUGUUGGGGAACAUUUUGUAGUUUGCGACGCGGGUGGUGGAACAGCGGAUCUGAUAUCGUAUGAGAUUGUGGCGCUGGAGCCAGAUUUAAAGUUGGCCGAGUCGUCGAUUGGAACUGGUGGGCUUUGUGGGUCUGUUUUGUUGAAUUACGCAUUCGAGGAGCAUUGCAGGAAGAGAUUGGGAAGGGAGGUUUACAAUGGGUUGAAGCCGAAGACGAGAGCCAUGGCAAUGAAGUAUUGGGAUGAGUAUGUUAAGCGGAAUUUCAAAUACAUAAAUUCCGCGACGAGCGACGGAAGUGAGGAUGGUGAGGAUGAAGAGGAGAUAUCAGUGCCAUUUCCAGGACUACCAGAUGGCGAGGAGAAACGGGCUGAGGGCGGGUUUUUAAUGCUGAACAGGGAUGAAUUGAGGGAUAUUUUUGAACCCGUUGUGGAACAAGUUGUAGAUUUGUGCGAAGAUCAGGUUGAAACAAUCAGAAGAAAGGGUGGAAGAGUCAAGGGUAUCGUGUUAGUUGGUGGAUUCGGUCAAAGUAAUUACCUGUAUAAUCGCCUCGAUUCACACUUCAAUUCUCCACCUCCAUAUGGUGAAACUUCAAUAUCAAUUGCGCCGUUACCUAAAGUUGAGAUAAUGCAGCCGCUAUAUGCAUGGACCGCUGUUGUCCGGGGUGCCGUCCUCAGAGGAUUAGAAGGACCUAUAAUAGCAUCACGGAAGGCUCGAUAUCACUAUGGGACGAGCUAUGCAACUGCCUGGGAGGAAGGCAAACAUCCACAGGCAGAACGUUACUGGAGCCCUUUAUGGGAGCGAUGGAUGAUUGAUGAUCGAAUGGAAUGGCACAUAAAUCGUGGCCAGUCGGUCUCCGAAAGCGCGCCAAUAAGGUUUCAUUAUACGCGUAACUUCCAAUCCUCGCUCAUAGUUGAAGAGGAAUUAAUGAUUUGCGAGUCUGCGAUUGCACCCAUGACCCGUAAAGAUGAGAGCGUUCGUCCGCUCUGUACACUGAAAACGGACCUUUCUGCGGUGCCGAAGAAGGAAUUCACAAGGUUAGAAACAAGUGAAGGCAGGGUUUUUAUGAAUUUGGAUUUUGUCCUCGAGCUGAGAGUGGAUUCGGCAAGCUUGAUGUUUGAAUUAAAAGUAAAGGGGGUAAGCGUCUAUACACGUGAUUUUUGA